GCCGACGCUAUAUCACGUCGAACCCGUUCUCGAAGAAUCAUCCGUCGGCUCGUGAGUGUGGAUUCGGGAAGAGAAGAUGAAACUCCUGGUCUUGGUCGUCCUCGCAUUUCUCCUCUUCGCCAAAGAAGGGGAAGGGUUAACGUGCCCCGAAUGCAACAGAGAGGAGUGCCCCGUCUUGGACGAGUCGACGUGCGGUGCUGGCGUGAGCACCGACGCCUGCGGGUGCUGCCCCAGGUGCUUCAAGGACCUGGGCGAGGGGUGCGGAGGACCCUGGAACGUGUUUGGACGGUGCGGAGGGACGAUGACGUGUCGGAAGGUGCCCGGUCCCUUUGGCACUGAUGAUUAUACCUGGAAUUUCAAUGCUCGUGGUACCUGUGUGCAGUGAUUUUUCUUGUCUCUCUCUGUCUCUCUCUCUCUCUCUCUCUCUCUCUCUCGCUCUUUCUUAGCUUCGUGGCCUGAAUCGAAUCUAAAAGCAUAACAAUUCAAUAAAACUUCGUGCAUUGAAAAUGUAAUUUAGUCACGG